UAUUGCUCAACCCCCUCCCCGACAGCUGACUGUGAGCUUAACUGCACUAGUCAACCCGAAAUGAAAAAUGCGUGUCAUCUAUACUCAAAUAACCCAAUGAGGCCUUUACGACAUGUUUGCUUAUGAUUAUUUAACACCAAAGACGUUUGAAUUAACGCAUUAUAAUCAUCAAGGCGAGUCGUAGAACUGCCAUUUGGCAAUUGCCAUUCGCCGUUCGCAACGAAAAAAAAUCCCCGCAGAAAAAAACAAGGGCUUUAAAAAAAAACACAGCAGAUAAGAAGUGAAAGAAAGCAGAUAAAAGAUGCUACCGCACUUAACAAGAGGAAACACCACUAAUCAGCUAGAGCUGAGCUCACGAAGCACAAGCCUUGUCGUCAUAGAAACGCUUGUUUACGCCGUCAUUGCCUUGGCAGCGUUGCUAGGCAACAUACUUGUGUUAUGGAUCGUCUAUAAGAACCACGCACUCCGCUCCAUUCCAAACUAUUUCGUGAUAUCUCUCGCCUGUUCUGACAUUGCCAUGGUUACACUUGCCACCCCAUGGUCCAUCGCGGUCCUGGCAGCUGGCAAAUGGCCAUUUGACUUCGUUUCCUGUCAAUUCCAGGGUUUCAUUGUCAUCUGGGCUGCGAUUGCCUCACUUCACAAUCUCACUAUAAUGGCCAUUAACCGGUUUUUACGGAUUGUAAAACCGGCUCACUACCGGAAAUUUUUCAGCCCUAAUAAGACACGGUUUUAUGUUUUGUUUGCGUUUAUGUACAGCACAAUCUCGCUUCUUCCUUACCUCAUAGGUGGGAACGUUUACGUCUUUCAACCGGGAAAGUUUUUUUGCUACCAGACUGUGACUGUGCAGUAUACGAUACCGCUGAUGGGAAUCUUCAUUUGCAUACCCACAUUCAUCAUAGUUGGAUGUUACACUCGAGUAUUCCUUGUACUGCGGGCUCACGCCAAGAAUAUGAACACUCAUCGCAGUGUUUCGGUCCAUAGCUCGCUGAGGAUCACGGUCGAAGACAUCAAGGUAACCCGCACGCUAUUCGCAACUGUUGCCACGUUUCUUCUCUGCUGGUCCCCUGUGGUCAUCAUAGAAUUCGUGGACGUCGCACUUGGCGCCAGUCUCCUACCGCGCCGGUUAUAUGUAUCCUUUACGUUUUGCGGGCUCUGCUCAUCAGCGGUCAAUCCCAUUAUCUAUGGUGCUAUGAACAAGAAGUUCAGAAGGGAAUAUAAAAAAGUCUUUGGUUGCUAUGGUAACAGGAUUAACGUCAUCGUUGCCUCAACAAACCAGAGCGUGGACUCUACUGCGCAUGUCAAAUGACAAAAGUUUGGUGAAACUUAUGGUGACAUAUGGAUUAAUUGAAAGAUACUGCGAGAAUAUAUAUAUUUCAUAUUUUAAAGACCUGUAAAAAAUAUCUACCACUGGAGGUAGAUACGCGAGCUGGGGAUAUUCAGGAAUGAUUUCAAUGAGUCACAGAGAGAUUGGGAUAAAGGCUCAAAUAUAUGUAGUAGCUCCAUACCAAAUUACACUUCAAAAGACGGUUUGCUUGAUUUCCUCCCCCUCCCCCCCCACCCCACUCCAAAGAAAGGCUAGCGACUAGCUUGGCGGUAAACAUAACUAAGAUUUAGAUGUGCUUGAAGUUUCCGUAGGAAUAGGUUGUAUACCUACAACCAGACAACUAAAAUUAGUUACUAGAGAAGAGAUUUUGGUUAAGAUUUUAAUCUUAAAAGUCGUUCUUGCAGUUUCUGAAGGAAUCAUUUGUAUAUGAGCUAUCGUGAUGACGUGUUUGACAUGCAAAACCACACAAAAUCAAUAACGUGUCAUUGGUUUGAAAUUCAAUCUUUAAUCAAAUUUAUGGAAUACAUGAUUAUUUUAAUCAUUUCUUCACACCCAUUUUAUAUUGACAUAGUGUAAUAUUUCUCCCUGUGUAAUGUUAUGAUAAUAAGGUGUGGUCUGGGAAAAGCCUAGGCCAGGCGAGAGACGGCGCAAAAAUGUGGAGAGGAUCAACCCGACUAAAUCGAAGGGCGUGAAGGGAGGGGCGUCCAACGUGACUAUUGCUGGUGACCCUCGAGUGAACUAACAGGGAAUAGUCCAUUUGUAUUAUAAUCAUAAUAUUAUAAUUAUAAUUAUCAUUAUCAUUAUCCCAUAGUGUGCAUAGUCAAUUCAAAAUAAAGAAAUCAAGUAUGCAUGUAUGGUAACAUUCCAUGCAAAGUCAACCAAACCAA